GACUCCAGAGGACACACUGUUAUCCUAUUGCAGGCACGAGUGUUCAAUCCGGAUCGAUUCACCGUUACGCAUCAGAUACGGCAGGUGAUGUUGCUUCUGGAGAGUACCUUGGACCGCGAGGAAACUCAAAUCAACGGUUAUGUGGUCAUUUGUGACUACCGUGAGGUUUCACUGAAACAAUUUGUUGUAUGGUCGAUAACCGAUGCAAGUAACACGGCGAAGUGCAUCUUCCAGUCGUUACCGGUACGGAUUCAGGAGAUUCACGCAAUAGGAGUCCCCAAGUUUAUAUCGUUUGUGACCGAUCUUGUGCUGUCAUCCAUGAGUGAGAAGAUUAGAAGUCAAGUUUUGUGUCACAAAUCAUUAGAAGAAACGAAAAAGCACUUGGAUCUUUCCAUUCUGACCACAGACUACGAAGGUGGUAGCCAGAAUCCUGAACAUCUCAAGCAAGAUUUUAUAAAAAGGGCCGAAGAUAGGCGAAGUGAGGUGUUGCUGAUGGAUGAAAUGAGUAUUGACAUCUCGCAUUGCCGAAACCUCUGGCAACAAAACAACGGCUUGAGCAAGAUCGAUGCUGGUUUAGUUGGCAGUUUCAAGAAGCUGAAUGUCGAUUAGUGAUAUUCAAAGUGUAAGCAAUAACAAGAUAUACGAACAUAUUCCUUUUAACUUCAAAUGGAAAAUAUUCUCCAAACAUUUCCAAUUUGUAUGACUCUUUUGAAGAAACUGCAACGAGUUUGUGGAUUUAGGGGUAAUUCCUGAUUCGGACAUAAAAAAUCACAUGCAUUUUUUUUUUGUAAAUAUAGAAUGUCAAAUUUAUUCAACUGUUUAAUACUAUCGAAUUCCUGAUAUUAAUCGAAUCUUAACUUGCACUUGCACCAGCCAGAGUGAUCGCAAAAUGUGUAACAUGCGA